AUGUGCUUCACUAUGACAGUCACCACGGCAGCUGUGAGGGCAGAUUUGGUUGUGUGGACAACUCCUGACGUGGUGGCCCGCUGUGGGGAAAACGUAAAUCUGAUGUGCAACGCCACAUCCGACAAGUCGUUGGAUGUUAAAUUGUUUUCUUGGAUUCGUCGCAACAAAACGUUAUGUGACUCUGGGGUCAAGAACAACGACUCUGCAGUUCUGUGUCAGAACACAACGGAUGAAUACCACCAUAAUCUCACUCUGACACUCUUAAACAUCAUGCCCAUUCACCAAGGAAAGUACUUGUGCAAAUUUCGUUCACAAGUCGGAGUAAAAUCCAGCACCACAAACAUUGCCGUACGAGACUGCCUUGCAAAUCAGAACUACUUCAUUAAUGGGUCCACCGCAAAGUGCUGGUUCCAUGGAGUUUACGGCCCUGGAGAAAUCCACUGGUUCAAGGGAGAUGAACGGUUGAUGAACUUAAACAGCACAAAUGCAGAACGUGACCAAUAUGGCCGCUACAAUAUCUCAAGUACAAUAAAAGCACAAAGAGAAAACCAAAUUUACAACUGCUCACUUUGGAUACUCGGCAAAUAUGUCUCAAGUCAAGAGAUAGUCAUGGUUAAAGAGUCGACAAACGCAUCCGAAACUAAAUGCAAACUCCAGUGGAUCUGCCUGAUGUUACAAACCAUGUUGCUGAUAUUUACUAUGUAAUAAUACA